AUGCAAGCGCAGAAGAAGCAGGACCUUAGAUUGGUACCGCCGCCCAAGUCGGCAUCUCGUAGGGAACACGGUGCCUAUGCCUCCAUCUCGCGCCAGGACAAGCCGUUCAUUUCAUGGAUCCUCAAGCAGCCAGUAGACGACAACAACAACCUGUACAGCAGCGCCACAGCGCCUUACCUGACAGCUUCUGGCAUGCUCAACAAGGCCCGCUCCAUUGGCAAUGCUGCUUCCCAGGUCUCGGCUGCUGCCUUCCUGCGAAGCUGGCGUAUGCAAGGAUCGCCUUUUACGCAGGAGCCUGGGGAAACCCACCCACCCGCUUCCUCCCGCAGCCGCUGGCAGCUGUCGCAGAAGAGCAGCGCCUCAACAGUGCUCCAGAGCGCGCUCGCCUCCGCCUGGAGCCUGUGCGAUCGCUACAAGCAGGAGCUGGACAUCAUCCACAUCAAGUACCGCUGGGCCAUAGCUUUCCUCGGCAAGGCCUACACCAAGAAGAUCGACCAGAUCCAGGCGCAGGACGCCGCAAGGCUGAACAACAAGGGCAACAACCAAUACGGCAAGGGCAAGGUCAGCUCUAAGGCCAUAGACGCCCUGCUGCUGUCUGUCACCGCCGCUUCAGGGCCUGAGCAGCGACAGCGGUUCAAGAGGCAGCUGCACCAGGCGCUCCGCUGGUACGAAGCAGCCAAGCAGCUAGGCUGGGGCAUGCUCUGCCUGAUGCCGCACAACAUUAUCUCCAACUCGUAG